AGCAUUAUUUUUCUUACACGAAGCUCUCUGCAUGCUGUCAGUGCUCUUUAGGACCUCAGGGAAACCCGAGCGUUUCUGGCUUUAGGACCCAGGAACUCUGAGGCAGCCUGGCUUUAGAUGUCUUGGACCAUAGCACCACCUACUUAUAGAAGCAUCCCAAGCCUUAGCUUGUCUGCAUCUCCAUCGGAAAGUGCGCUGGCCACAUCCCUUCGGCCUCCGGGCAGUGUUCUGUCUCCCCUAGCUCAGGCUGCGAGAAACUUCAGCUGUGAAGUGGUGGUGGAGAGAGACCUGAGAGCAGCGACUGUACCCGGACGCUAAGAGGAGAGCGGACGCGCCCCUAGCCCAGGAAUCGCUCUCGCAGGCGGAGACCCAGCAUCCCAGCGCUUGCGGUUGCGCUUGCCGGGCCGCGCGCUUUUGCUAGGCGCCGCCAGCCCCGAGGACCCUCGGGAGUCAGCGGACCCUUCUGCAGCCGGCGGAAUCCCAAAGCUGCCAAGAGCUCCCGGCGGGUGUCGGCAAACUUUUUCCGAGCCCACGUGCUGACCAAACAGCCCGGCUCGCUUCCCGAGCCUGGCAUGGAGCGCCGCGCUUAGGCACGCCGUGCAGCCCGAGAGACAGGAGCGCACGGUUCAACGCGGAGGGAGAGAUGCUCAUCGAGCCAAAUUGAUCAUUGCAGCCCCAGGGCAGUGGCAUCUGUCUCUGAGUUCCCCCUAGGAGCGCGACCCGCACUGUCUCCUUUCAGGAGCCCAGCGUUUCCUCGACUUUUGAGAGGUGUCUCUCCCCAGCCCGACCGGCCAGAUGCGUUUAUGCCUUUUCUCAUUUGCCCUCAUCAUUCUGAACUGUAUGGAUUACAGCCAGUGCCAAGGCAACCGAUGGAGACGCAAUAAGCGAGGUGGGUCGCGCUCAGCUGAAGCUAGUUAUGUAUCCAAUCCCAUUUGCAAGGGUUGUUUGUCUUGUUCAAAGGACAAUGGGUGCAGCCGAUGUCAACAGAAGUUGUUCUUUUUCCUUCGAAGAGAAGGGAUGCGCCAGUAUGGAGAGUGCCUGCAUUCCUGCCCAUCAGGGUACUAUGGACACCGAGCCCCAGAUAUGAACAGAUGUGCAAGAUGCAGAAUAGAAAACUGUGAUUCUUGCUUCAGCAAAGACUUUUGUACCAAGUGCAAAGUAGGCUUUUAUUUGCAUAGAGGCCGCUGCUUUGAUGAAUGUCCGGAUGGGUUUGCACCAUUAGAUGAGACUAUGGAAUGUGUAGAAGGUUGUGAAGUUGGUCAUUGGAGCGAAUGGGGAACAUGUAGCAGAAACAACCGCACGUGUGGAUUUAAAUGGGGUCUGGAAACCAGAACACGGCAGAUUGUUAAAAAGCCAGCAAAAGACACAAUACCAUGUCCAACCAUUGCGGAGUCCAGGAGAUGCAAGAUGGCCAUAAGGCACUGUGCAGGAGGAAAGAGAACACCAAAGGCAAAAGAGAAGAGGAACAAGAAGAAGAGACGGAAGCUUAUUGAGAGAGCCCAAGAACAGCACAGUGUCUUCCUUGCUACAGACAGAGUGAACCAAUAAAUACAACAAAUAGCUGGGGCAUUUUGAGGUUUUCUGUUUUGUUUUGUUGUUAUUUUGCAAAAGUGCACAAAACUACUCUCCAAUCCACACUGGUGGACAGCAUUCCUGAUCCUCUGAUCAAUAUUCAUUUUCAGUAAUGUUGCAAAGGGAGGUGCCUAAGCAUGGACUCUGGGUUAUUUAUGCUUUGAUUAGAAUUUGGGGCCUGUGAUGGCAGGAACUUGUUGAGCUGAAUCAGUGGAAGCUGAUGCAUCUGUACUCUUGUGAUGAGCACAGUGUGUCAUAAGAACCUGUCCCCUGCACAGUGGACUCGCAGCAGGCACGAGGCUGUAGAUCACCACUGGAGAAUGCACCUGUGCCUACUUUCAUGGAUGACAAUACUAAGCAAGCAAGCACUGUUCACUUGUGACUUUUAUUUCUCACACUGUGCAUUGUCAAAGACAAAUGUGCAUGGAAAAAUGUUUUAGCGUCACCUCACGGUGUUCUCAGCAUCAGUGACCUUCAAACAGUCCCACAAUGAGACUGCCUUCUAGCUAGGGGUACGCUGUGGAAAUUCCAGCUACAUUUCAUCUUAGUGCUAACAUGUACAGAUUCUGCUGAGCUAUAUUCAAAGCUCCUUACUGUAUAUUUAUGCUUUCUGUGUGUAACAAGUUAUACCUGAUAAGAUGUCACUUUGUUUCUAGUGGUUCUUAACCAUGGUCUAGUACAUGGCUUUUCUAGUUUUGAAAAUUGACAAGUGUUUUGUUACCUCUUGUUUUCUUUUGUCCCUAUUAUUUUUUGGUGGGAGUGGGGUGGGCUUGUUUCUAAUUGUAAGUAGAGGAUAAGCUAGUUUGCAUAUAGAGUCAGAGGACUGAUGUCAGAGUUUCAGUGAUGAUAGAACUUCCCCAGGUUACCAUAUACAGAGAGAGAAAGCAGCAUGCAGCAUCUGGCCAUCAGAAGCCAAACUCCUUUUGAGUCCAAAACUUGAUGACAUAUGAAAUACAGCUGAAAACAAGAAGAUUUGUGUGCAGUUACUUGUAUUUAUUACACAAUUUCCAAUUACAUUUUUUUUUCAAACUCACAAUAACCCAUGACUUUGAAUGAUAGGUCACCUGGCAAUAUCCUUGAGUCACCAGGGAAGCAGCUGUCAUGAAACCACCAAGAAAAUGAAAGAGAAAAUAGGAUGGCUUCCCUCAAGUGGGAGCCACAUCUUACGUUUCUCUGUUGAGUUGGAAUCAACUAUAUUAGAACAGAAACAUGAUGGAAGCCUUCUAGUUGACUCGCAUAGCCAUGGUUUCAAAAACAUCUUUGUCCCCUUGGGCCAGUCGGUCCUUAGAUUCAUGAAUUGUCAGGUUCUAAAUGCAUCAUUUCCCUGGCUGAUCCAGGAGAAAGUUAAAACAAAGUGAGUUGUAUAGUUUUGAGGAAACAUCCAAAGCAAGGCAAAGCCUUUCCUUGCCUUGCAUUGGCAAAACUACCUCUUUAGCAUUUCUGUUGAUUCAGAAACAUCUUGCUGAUGUGUAUAGAUGUCUUAAGCUUCAUUAUGAAAAUACUGAUGCAAGAUAAGCCAUAUCUGAAUGUUGUAUUCAACUUUAGGGCUUGAACUUAAUCCUAAAGUAUUCACCUCUCUCCAUGUCUAUUUACACUCUAUUCCUAUUUACUAAGAGCGUAGGGGAUCUCCUUAAUAUCAUACUACAUUGUUAAUACGUCAAUGCUUGUUAUGUUUCUGGGCUGUUGUUUUUGUGCAUUAAAAACUCAAAAAUAGUA